AUGACACCGAUCAGGCAUUUACCAGUCAUCUUCGUGAAUGGGGUCCCGGGUGCGGGGAACCAGACGGUAGCAGAAACUAUUUCCAACAUAACUGGUUACACCAUGAUCAGGCCGGGGGAGCUGGUGAGGACUGAAGCUGAGAGGGACACAGCCAGAGGACGCCUAAUAGCAGACAAAUUGAAAGCUCAGGAAGAUAUACCAGAGCAAUUAACCGUGGAUAUUAUCAAAGAAACGAUGCUCAUGAAUCGAGACUCUAUAGGUUUCAUUUUGGUGGGUUUCCCAAAAAAUCAUCGCAUGUCAAAUAUAUUUAAUCGACAAGUGAAAUGGCCGGAAAAGGUUGUUGCUUUAGAAGUUGAUAAUGAGCUGGAUAGUAGCGGGAAUCCCAAGACAUUAGCUAAUACUUUAAAGGAGAUUUUAUCGGAUACCAUUGAAAAAAGCCAGAAGUUAGAAGAAAGCCCACCAAAUGCCGCAUCAGCUCCCGCGGUCGUUCCCAACACUCCCCUACUAAAUAGAGUUGUUGGUGUAAAGAAAGAAAUAGCCACGCUGCGUAAAUCAGUCAUAAAAGUCAUGAAGAUCAAGUUACCAAGGGAUCGUUUUCCAUCAACAUCAUCAACAGAAGACAACGAGAGUGGGAAUGACUGGGAACCGGAAAUGCGUCCGCUCAUGCAGCCUCGUUUGCCUCCGCCGCAGGCAAUAAUCGUAGGCUCCGUACGCAAACGACGAGGAAACUUACCAAAAAACUCUGUCAGAAUUUUGAAACGAUGGCUCUACGACCACAGAUACAAUGCUUACCCUAGUGACGCUGAGAAACUGGCUUUAAGUCAAGAGGCCAACUUAACAGUACUACAGGUUUGCAACUGGUUCAUCAACGCUCGCCGACGAAUUUUACCGGAAAUGAUACGUCGUGAAGGGCACGAUCCAUUGAAGUAUACUAUAUCACGUCGAGGUCGGAAGCAUCCGGGUUUGGGAGUGCAUUCUAUGGGAAUGGGUAUGGGGCGUAUGGGGGCAGGUCACAUGGGAUUGGGACCGAUGGGUGUGGCAUCCAUGGGGGUAGGGUCUAUGGGUGUCGGACCUAUGGUGGGCCUUGGAUCUGCAUCUACGUCGGGCAUGGUGAUGCCUGGAAAUGUGACUGUGGCUGGAUGGGAAGGCGUUGAAGUACAAAAUAUAGCUGACCAAAACAGGGUUGGCCAUGACUAUGGCGACGGUCUUUUAGUAUAUCAAGAGAGGGACGCUCUCGGUGAGACUGAAGAGGGCUAUUCAAGUGCAAUCAGUGAAGAAGAGGUUAAAUACGACCCCUCAGUGUGGCAGUCAGUCAUUCGUUAUAGGCCAGAAGACCAGGAUUUGCAUACCAUCGAUAAUAGAGGUUCAGUAGUGACAAUGGCGACAGAAUCUGAAGAAGUAGUAACUGGGGAUGUCAACUCAUGGCACCCACAAAGUCACCUAACCUCUCGUCAGGUGGUGCGGCGUGACGGGGAGGAUAGGGAUCAGUUCAAGUGUCUAUACCUCUUGGUAGAGACGGCGGUUGCUGUGAGACAGCGCGAGAAAGAGCAAGAGCGAAUAGCCUGU